CAUGUGACUGCCUGUACGAUGGGCGUCUUUCUCAGCACAGCUGCCAAGCGAAACGCCGAACUGGGAGUUUCUCUGGCGUCCCGACAAGGUCGGAGCUGUUUCUGCGUUUCGCACGGCGGCGGGCCGGGCAGACUGAGUGAAUGCUGGCGCGGCAUGGAUACGCGGGUCGGAAUUGCAGACCGCUGCUGACAGCGCAGGCUAAAGCACCGCAGGCUGAAGCACCGCAGUGGACUACCGAAGUGCCGCUCUGUAGACAUUCUGCAGUAUUUAUUUAUUUUUUUAUUAUUGUUAUGCGGAAAACGGAGAGAGGGGAUUCGUAUUAUAAAAUGAUCUUUCAUCGGAUCUAAGGAGCGCCUUGAUAGCUGAGACGCAAGGGGUAGGAAUGAGGAGCCGGCUCACGUUUUAUGCUGGAAACUGCAUUUCUUUUUAAGUUUUAUCAUUUCGUCGAGUGAGUUCAUGAAAGGUCCGGCUUGGAAAUGUCGCAUGCAACUCAGCCGGAGACGAGGAAGUUUACUCGGGGUCUGAGCAAGCCGGGGACAGCGGCCGAGCUGAGGCAAAGCGUCUCGGAGGUCGUCAGGACGUCCGUGCUCGUAGUGGAUUCAGGAAUAUCGACAGCCAGGGCGAUUCUCCACACACCUACGCAGGUGAAGCCGAGGGUCAUCGAGCCGCUGGACUACGAGAAUGUGGUGUUCCAGAGGAAGACACAGAUCCUAAGCGACGUCUUGAGGGAUAUGCUGCAGUUCCCACUGGAGGACUUCCAGAUAUCGACCAUUAAACGCCAAGGGAGGACGCUUCGCCCCUCAGUGCCAGAAAACGCAGAGAGAGACGCCCAGAGCCUGUUUGUCCAGGAGUGUAUCAAGACUUACACCUCAGACUGGCACACUGUCAGCUACAAGUAUGAGGAUUAUUCUGGAGACUUCCGCCAGCUUCCGAACAAGGUGCCCAGAGCAGAGAAGCUGCCAGUCCAUGUGUUUGAGGUAGAUGAGGAUGCUGACAAAGAUGAGGAUACAGCAUCUCUGGGCUCACAGAAAGGCGGAGUCACCAAACAAGGCUGGCUGUACAAAGGCAACAUGAACAGUGCCAUGAGCGUGACCAUGCGGUCUUUCAAGAGGAGGUAUUUCCACCUGACACAGCUAGGUGACGGCUCCUACAACCUGAACUUCUACAAGGAUGACAAGAUCUCCAAGGAGCCCAAAGGAACCAUAUUCCUGGACUCUUGCAUGGGUGUCGUCCAGAACAGCAAGGUGCGUCGUUUUGCCUUCGAGCUGAAGAUGCAGGACAAAAGCACGUACCUGCUGGCCGCUGACAGCGAGCUGGAGAUGGAGGACUGGAUCAGCACCCUCAACAGGAUCCUGCACAGCAGCUUCGAGAUCGCCAUGCAGGAGAAGCGCAAUGGGGACAUGCAUGACGACGAAGACCUGGGGAAGGCAGAGAGCUCCUGUGCAGGCCUUGACAGCUAUCAGACGGCCAGAGACGUUGAAAUUAGAAUAAGAAAUGAGACCCGACUGAAGCUGUUUACUUUGGACCCAGACACGCAGAAACUAGACUUCUCGGGAAUUGAGCCCGACGUGAAGCAGUUUGAGGAGAAAUUUGGGAAACGUGUCCUGGUGAACUGCAACGACCUCUCCUUCAACCUGCAAAGCUGUGUGGCGGAAAACGAGGAGGGGCCCACCACCAAUGUGGAGCCCUUUUUCGUCACCCUGUCGCUCUUCGACAUCCACAGCAGCCGUAAGAUCUCAGCCGACUUCCAUGUGGACAUGAACCACCCAUCGGUCCGGCAGAUGAUUCCCAGCCAUGGCGGGCAGCAGAUGAACGGGGGUGGAGAUCCCUUGCCAAGCCAGCAGGGGAGCCUUGAUGAGCCACAUGAGGGUGGGCUGAAUUUCCCCAGACAGGGCGUUUUCUCCGUGACUUGCCCUCACCCGGACAUCUUCCUGGUGGCCCACAUCGAGAAGGUCCUGCAGGGCGGAAUCACGCACUGUGCUGAGCCGUAUAUGAGGAGCACAGACUCCGCCAAGGCAGCACAGAAGGUCUUGAAAAAUGCCAAACUAGCCUGCAGCAGACUGGGCCAGUACAGGAUGCCUUUUGCAUGGGCUGCCAGGCCUGUUUUCAAAGAUGCUUCCGGCACUUUGGACAAAACGGCCCGUUUCUCCGCCAUCUACAGACAAGACAGCAACAAGCUGUCGAACGAGGACAUGUUCAAACUGCUGGCUGAUUUCAGGAAGCCAGAAAAAAUGGCCAAAUUUCCGGUAAUCCUGGGAAACCUAGACGUUACCAUCGACAACGUCGCCCCUGACUUGACAAACUGCGUGACCUCCUCCUACAUCCCAGUGAGGCAGUUUGGGGGCAGUGAGACCGGUCCUCUCUUUGAAGUGGAAGAGUUUGUUCCAUGUAUAGCCAAAUGCUCUCAGCCAUUUACCAUCUAUAAGAACCACCUCUACAUUUACCCCAGGCAUCUGAAGUAUGACGGGCAAAAGUCAUUCACAAAGGCGAGGAACAUCGCGGUCUGCAUCGAGUUCAAGGACUCCGACGAGGAGGAGGCCCAGCCAUUGAAGUGCAUCUAUGGGCGUCCAGGGGGGCCACUGUUUACCAAGCAUGCAUUUGCUGCAGUGCUGCACCAUCAGCAAAACCCAGAGUUUUACGACGAGAUUAAAAUGGAGCUGCCCGCCCAGCUCACUGAGAAGCACCAUUUGCUCUUCACAUUCUUCCACGUCGGCUGUGACAGCAACAGCAAGACCAGUACCAAGAAGAAGGACCCAGUGGAGACACAAGUUGGCUGUGCUUGGCUGCCCUUGCUGAAGGAUGGCAGAGUGGUCAUGAGCGAGCAGCAGGUGCCUGUGGCUGCAAGCCUGCCUGCCGGCUACCUGGGCUAUCAGGAGAGCAGUUGUAAGCACUCUGGGCCCGAGAUUAAAUGGGUUGACGGAGGAAAGCCAUUGUUUAAGGUGUCCACUCACCUCGUAUCUACCAUCUACACUCAGGAUCAGCAUUUGCACAACUUCUUUCACCACUGUCAGAGCAGCAGGUCUGCCAGCCCAGCAUCCGGCGGGGAGCUGGUCAAGUUUCUGAAGAGUCUGCAUGCAAUGGAGGGACACGUCAUGGUCCAGUUCCUGCCCACCAUCCUGAACCAACUAUUCCGCGUGCUGACCAGCGCCUCCCAUGAGGAUGUGGCGGUCAACGUCACCAAGGUCAUGAUCCAUGUCGUCUCCCAAUGCCACGAAGAGGGUCUGGAGCACUACCUGCGGUCUUAUGUGAAGUAUGUGUUCAAAACGGAACCCUACACAGACACCACUCUGAGGACCAUCCACGAGGAGCUGGCCAAAGCCAUGACAGUCAUUCUCAAACCAUCUACCGACUUCCUCACGAGUAACAAACUGCUAAAGUACUCCUGGUAUUUCUUUGAAGCCUUGAUCAAAUCCAUGGCCCAGUUCUUGAUUGAAAGUGGUAAAGUCAAACUUCCCAGAAACCAGCGCUUUUCAGUGUCCUUCCACCACACCCUGGAGACCAUGGUCAACUUGCUGACUCCACACAUCACCCAGAAGUACAAGGACAACCUGGAUGCUGCCCGGAGUGCCAACCACAGCCUGGCCGUGUUCAUCAAGCGCUGUUUUACCUUUAUGGACAGAGGCUUUGUCUUCAAGCAGAUCAACACCUAUAUAAACUGCUUCUUGCCCGGAGAUGCCAAGACGCUGUUCGAGUUCAAAUUUGACUUCUUGCGCGUGAUAUGUAACCAUGAGCACUACAUCCCUCUGAACCUGCCCAUGCCGUUUGGAAAGGGAAGAAUUCAGAGGUUUCAAGCUGUUUCUUUCUCCACGGAGUCAUGUGGUACAGACCUGCAGCUGGAUUACUCGCUGACAGACGACUUCUGCAGGAACCACUUCCUCGUGGGGCUGUUGCUGCGUGAAGUGGGCGGGGCCCUGCAGGAGUACCGGGAGAUCCGGCAGGUCGCCAUCCAGGUGCUCAAGAACCUGAUGAUAAAGCACACUUUCGAUGACAGAUAUGCAUCCAAGAGCCAGCAGGCCAGACUGUCCACACUCUACUUACCCCUCUUUGGACUGCUUUUGGAGAAUGUACACAGACUCAAUGUGAAAGAGAAUGGGAGAGAUGAUUCACUACUGAACAGCUCAAUGGCAACUCCACAAAAGACAGGGGUUAGCUUGGACAAUAGCCUACACAAGGAUGUGUUUGGUGUUAUCUCAGGGACAGCCUCCCCGCAUGCCUCAUCCACACCGAACAUCAACGCAGUGCGGCACGCUGAUUCCCGAGGCUCCCUCGUCAGCACUGAUUCCGGAAACAGCAUUCCGGAGAAAUCUAAUGACAAGACUAACUCUCUGGAGAAGAACCAGCCGGCCUCCACUCUUGGGAGCUCUCUGCUACGCUGUGACAAACUGGACCAGGCCGAGGUCAGAAGCCUGCUGAUGUGUUUCCUGCACGUGCUGAAAAGCAUGUCAGAGGAUGCCCUCUUUACGUAUUGGAACAAGGCCAGUCCUGGAGAGCUGAUGGACUUCUUCACUUUAGUCGAAGUGUGUCUUCAUCAAUUCAGAUACAUGGGGAAACGCUACAUUGCCAGGAAUCAGGAAGCCGUGGGUCUCGUGGCCCACGAACGCAAGUCUCAGACUCUGCCUGUGUCCCGCAACAGGGCAGGGAUGAUGCACGCACGCCUUCACCAGCUCAGCAGCCUGGACAACUCCUACACCUUCAACCACUCUUAUUGCCACUCUGACGCAGACCUGCUGAACCAGUCGCUGCUGGAGGCCAACAUUGCCACCGAGGUGUGUCUGACAGUGCUUGACACGCUGAGCAUCUUCAUCAUGGGCUUCAAGACACAGCUAUGCUCCGACCAUGGGCACAACCCCCUGAUGAAGAAAGUGUUUGAGGUGCACCUGUGCUUCCUGCAGAUCAACCAGUCAGAAUUGGCUCUCAAGCAGGUCUUCACCUCCCUGCGCACCUUCAUCUACAAGUUUCCCAGCACGUUCUUCGAGGGCCGCGCCGACAUGUGCGCCUCCUUGUGCUAUGAAAUCCUCAAGUGCUGCAACUCCAAGCUGAGCUCCAUCCGCAGUGAGGCUGCCCAUCUUGUCUACUUCCUGAUGAAGAGCAACUUCGAAUACACAGGCCGGAAGUCCUUCGUCCGCACGCACCUGCAGGUGGUGAUCGCGGUCAGUCAGCUGAUCGCCGAUGUCAUCGGGAUUGGAGGAAUUCGGUUCCAGCAGUCUCUGUCCAUCAUCAACAACUGUGCCAAUAGCGACAAGAUUGUGAAGAACACAGCCUUCCCGUCCGAGGUGAAGGACCUGACUAAAAAGAUCCGCACGGUUCUGAUGGCCACGGCGCAGAUGAAGGAGCACGAACACGACCCAGAGAUGCUGGUGGACCUGCAGUACAGCCUGGCCAAGUCCUACGCCAGCACGCCCGAGCUGCGCAAGACCUGGCUGGACAGCAUGGCCCGCAUCCACGUGAAGAACGGCGACCUGUCUGAGGCGGCGAUGUGCUACGUCCACGUGGCGGCACUAGUGGCUGAAUACCUACGGAGAAAAGGUAUGUUCAGGCAGGGCUGUUCGGCGUUCCGGGUCCUCACGCCCAACAUUGAUGAGGAGGUGUCCAUGAUGGAGGACGUGGGCAUGCAGGACGUCCACUUCAAUGAGGAUGUACUGAUGGAGCUACUGGAGGAGUGUGCAGACGGGCUGUGGAAGGCAGAACGCUAUGAACUCAUCGCUGACAUCUACAAGCUCAUCAUCCCCACCUACGAGAAGCGCCGGGACUUUGAGAAACUUGCUCACCUGUACGACACGCUACAUCGCGCCUACAGCAAGGUGACGGAGGUCAUGCACACAGGCAAGAGGCUACUGGGAACCUUCUUCAGAGUGGCGUUCUUUGGCCAGGGUUUCUUUGAGGAUGAGGAUGGCAAAGAGUACAUCUACAAGGAGCCCAAGCUCACCCCUCUCUCCGAGAUCUCCCAAAGACUCCUGAAGCUCUACUCGGACAAAUUUGGCCCAGAGAACGUCAAGAUGAUCCAGGACUCUGGCAGGAUUAAUCCAAAAGACCUGGAUUCGAAGUACGCAUACAUCCAGGUGACUCACGUGACCCCCCACCUGGAGGAAAAGGAGCUGGCUGACAGGCUGACAGACUUCGAGAGGAGCCACAACAUUCGGCGCUUCGUCUUCGAGACGCCUUUCACCGUCUCCGGCAAGAAGCAGGGCCUGGUGGAGGAGCAGUGCAAGCGGCGCACCAUCCUUACCACCACUCACUGCUUCCCCUAUGUGAAGAAGCGCAUCGCAGUGAUGUACCAGCACCAAACAGACCUGAGCCCCAUCGAGGUGGCCAUCGAUGAGAUGAGCAGGAAAGUGGAGGAGCUCCGGCAGCUCUGCUCAGCCAGUGAGGUGGACAUGAUCCGGCUGCAGCUCAAGCUGCAGGGCAGCAUCAGCGUGCAGGUGAAUGCUGGUCCGCUAGCCUAUGCUAGAGCGUUCUUAGAUGACAUCAGCAGCAAGAAGUACCCUGACAACAAGGUUAAGCAGCUGAAGGAGGUGUACAGGAAAUUUGUGGAUGCCUGUGGCCAAGGCCUCAGCAUAAAUGAGCGCCUGAUCAAGGAGGACCAGCAGGAGUAUCACGACGAGAUGAAAGCCAACUACCGUGACCUUGCCAGAGAGCUGUCCGCUAUCAUGCACGAGCCGAUCAGCACAGUGGAGGACAGCGUGAAGACUGUCCUGCCCGACUCCCUGCACAUCUUCAACGCCAUCAGCGGCACGCCCAGCGGCACCACCAUCCAGGGAAUCCCCAGCUCCUCGUCCGUGGUGUGACGCGGGCCGUGCUGUUCUGACCCAAGGAGAGCAAACCUCUGUACCCUCCCAAAGAAAAGCGGGCAACCCUGGACACCUCCUUCAGCCUCUCUGCUACCCUCUCAAAGUCCCCCAGCUCCUCCCCACAUUUCUCACCCUAUGGUCGGCUUCGCCUCGCCAGCAAAAAGCAGUCAGUGGCUGUCGGGAAAGCAGGGUGAUGUUCGUUGACCAAACUUGGCCGACUUCUCCAAAUCACACAUCGACCCUGUAGCUCAGAGCUUUGAGUCUCUCCCUGGGGAUAAAUGCCUUCAGAGAUCCCUGAGGAGAAGUGGACAAAAAGAACACAAUGUGAAGAAUUUGGGAGAAGUCUGAAGAGCAGACAGUCGGUGUUGGUGAUCUCAGCCUUCAUCCUGAACUGAACCCAAACAGGCUCGUUCCAUCAUGUUUCCUGUGGAGACAUUCUCUUAGUCACAAGAACACUAAAUGCAUGUAACUCACUUUCCCAGGUUUGUAAGUCCUUUUUUGUUGCAUUUGUAUUAUUCACAGGUUUUAAACUUUUAUCAGUUCUUUUGUAUAUAUAGCGUUUCCCAUGUAUUGUUAAUGAAGUCCGAGUGUUUUUUUUUUUUUGAGGUGUGUGAAAGGGGCAGUAUUUGUGAUGGUUUUUGUCACUGUACACACAGACAAAUUGUACUCCUUGGGAAAUGUCCCCUCUGGAAGCAAACGCUCCAGCAGCACUUUCACUCGCAGCUCCUAUCACCAUGCCGACUGUCUCUUUUCGUUAAGAUGAACGCUGGAGGACACGUUGUAAAGGUGUUACGCUGGGUUACAUUCGUAUCCAAAUGCAGUGCAAUAUUUGUCUUCUUCAGUUCAUACACUGUAAAAAUGAGGUUUGUCCCGCUUGCCAAAGCAACAGGAUGUGGAACCAGUAACAUACUGUGGACGACUGGUUGUCAGAUAAAGCUUUAACCAUUCUGUUGUUUAAUUGUUAAUAAAAGUCAUUUUAUAUCUGGGGAGUUUUAGGGGUUUUUUUUAUUUUUUAUUUAACAGAGUCAAAGUUCUGCUGUAUUUAAGAAAGGCAAUUUUCCCUAAUUACACACUUUUAAUUAAAAUUCACUAAUUUCUCUGCAAA